GAACAGCACAAAUGUGGAUCCUUGCUGCUACAGGAUGCUCUACUUGUUUGCCUUCUGGACAACCACAGUGACCUACAUCCUACUAGCUUUGUCGCUGUUUGGCAGCUGCAUGUUCUUUUUAUGUGGUCACGUCGACCCUGACAAUGACGUCUAGCAACCUUGUUGCAUCAAGGUCGAACGCACACAGCUGUUGUUCAACAAGUGAUAUUUUUCCACUGAACUUUAAACAUGAUCUUAAAGAAUAUGGGACAACAGCAGUUGUGUGGCCUUGUGUAGAUACAUGCUUAAGUGUGGGGUGAUGUGAGUAGGAUCACUGUGUUUUCUCAUCAGUGAACAUUUACCACCUCUGCAGAAGCUGUGUGCUUUCUGUUUGUAUGUCCUCUGAGGAACCCAGAUUUUUUUUUGAUUGCCUUUUGAGUCUUCUGUGUGAAGCAUUUAAGCAGGCAGAUGUUAGUUCAUGGUGUUAGAAACAGCCACAACAAAUGUUUCACCUCACAUGGAAACCUUUAGUCAUGCUCUGAUGGACAGAUGUGGACUCUUCCAGGAAGAAGUAUGGGUCAAGCAACCCCGCAACACCCCAUGCCAACAUCAGUCCUUGAUGCCAGUUGCCACCCUUAGCAGGGCAAUCCACUCCGACACACCACAAAAACUGCUCAGGAGUGGCCCGGGGAACACGACAGAGCUAAGGUGCUCACCCGGGUUCCUCACUUCCCAGAUCCAAAUCUUAUUGAUCAUUUGUGGGAUGUUCCAGGAUAAGCCUGAUCUAGGUUAGGUUCAUCAUUAGAGACUAUGUCAGAGAGUGAGAGACCUCAGCACAUCUGCAGACUUCCUACGCAUCUAACAGCAACACUUGUCUGUUUUCAGGUGAUUUUGUGCUCCAUGUCCAUCGCUCAGAUAGUAAUAGGAGCGUUAUGCCAAUAUGCCUGCCCUCAGCAGCCCUAUAUCUCCAUCUAUCUGUUGGUAAUGGGAGUCCUCUCUCUGCUGCUGGCUUUCCUCACCAUCAUGCACUGCACCGGAGGAUUUGGUAAUCACAGCACAACCUGGAUUUGUCUUGUCUCAUUCUUCUUCUUCUGCUUUUUCACCGCCGGUAUCACUUGGAUCUACUCCAUCGAUGUACCCAACUUCAAUAAAACAAUGAACAGCAAGGAUACCUUCUGCAACAAGACGCUGUACCAGUUUGCCUUGUGGUCUACCAACCUCAGCUACUUAGUGUUACUCUACAUCCUUCUCUGUAGCUGUUGUACAUGCCUACUGUUUGGUGAGGAUGAAAGCACAACCCAAGAAAACCUAAGGGUGGUAGUGGAUUAAAUGUCAGUAAACAUGGCAAUGAUUUUCAGUGUUUCUAUAUAUCAUUUAAUGUAUGUACUAUCUAAACUGUGGAGGAUAUUUGGAUAGCCCUGGUAUCACAGGCUUUAUGUUUUUUUUUUAAUAACUGAAAUAGAAUUUGGAUUAAAAUACAAAAUGCAAUACAUUUUUAAUUUGUUUAUGAAAUUUCUUUUAUCAGAAUGUUCUUCUGACAUGUAAGUCAUACACAAUUUCACAUAAAUAGCAUUAAGCUAAACAAUAAAACAAAUACUACAACUUAUAUUACAUCAGACGUUACAAUUAAGUGUCCACACAAUACAGUGAGGCCAAGUCAGAACGAGAUAAAAGUAGCUAUUGUUUAUUGUAGCAAGUUCAUUAACAGAGGGAGAAAAUUAAGAUACCAACACGAGUGAGACAAAGAAGUCGGACACAGGUGCACUGGCAUUAGGCGUUAGCGGCUAGCGGCUAGCAGCUAGCAGCUAACAUGGUGUGCUAAUAAGUGGAUUGUACUGUCAAUUCCCUCACCCAUAAUGAAAUGAAAUAGCUUUGGGCUUCAUAUUUAUCACAUGUAAAGACACUCUGAAGCAGAAACCUGUUUGUAAUGUUGAAGUUCAAUAUCUGCAGUCUUCAUGAUUUUUAUGGCCUUAAAAAGCCUUUUGGAGGCAAAAUAUGUACAAGAGAGAAAUAUUACUAUCCACACUUUCCACAGUUUUUCUUUCUUAUGUGUACAAAUCCUCAUUUGUUGUACUUUCAAGCAUAUUUAUCAUAACAUCUUUUUGACAAAGCCAUGUGAAAUGUAUUUAGCAGUCGAAUGGAAAUGUACAAAGUAAAUAAAGUAUCAACAUUAACAGCAGUCUUCAGAAAUGUGGGUAACAUUUGGUAACAAGGAAAAGUAUCUCGUGACCACGAAUGUGAAAUGUCUCACGCAGUGACCAGAGUUCAUACUGAGGGUGAGAAAAAUGAGGCUAAAUGAACUCUGACUACACCACAAACUCUCCCCGAUAUGUUGUCUCUUUUAUACCCCAGACAA